AUGAGGAACAUCGAAAUAAAAGCCAGAAUCAAUGAUCCAGAACUUAUAAUUUCUAUAACCAAACAAUUGACAGAUUCUGCUUGCAUUGUCAUAAAGCAGCAUGAUACUUUCUUUAAAGUAGAUGAAGGACGAUUAAAACUACGAGAAUUUGAAGAUGGUACAGGAGAAUUAUUAUAUUACAGAAGAGUCAAUAUAUUGGGUCCAAAACUAUGUAACUAUGAAAAGACAGUUCUGGAUCCCGAAGCAUGUAUUGGAAUUAGAAAAAUUUUAACUGCAUCAAAUGGUUGUAUAGGUAUUGUAAAAAAGACUAGAAAGUUGUACAUGGUUGGUCAAACUCGGGUGCACAUUGAUGAAGUUGAUGGUUUGGGUAACUUUAUGGAGUUAGAGGUUGUUUUGUCCGAUGAAGAAGAUGUGGAAACUGGGGAAAAGAUUGCUCAAGACUUAAUGACUAAAUUAAACAUAAAAAAUGAAGAUUUAAUACCAGAUGCAUACAUAGAUUUACUUAGUAAACGUUCUGUAUAA